AUGAAACCCAUUAGAAGUAGUUCUUAAAAAAGUUUAGCAAAUUCUGUAAAUUCUAACAGAGCUUCUGAAUGUAUAUAAGUCUGCAUAAGACUAAGGCCUCUUCUAAGACCUUAAGAGGACGAAGAAGCCUGGGAUAUAAAUAAAAAAACUUAAUAAAUUUAUUCUUUAAUUGAUCAGAAAUCUUCUUUAGUGACAAAUAAUGAAAUUACUGAAAACAUGUCUUUAAAAGAUAGAAAGCGCUUAAUCGAAGCAGGGAAUAAUUCAAUAUUUUUUACAUUUGAUAACAUGGAAGGACCAGAAGUCAGAACUCAAACUAUUUAUAAUAAAAUGGGUAAACAUAUCAUCAAUUCUGUUUUAGAAGGUUAUCAUGGAUCUAUAUUAUGUUAUGGAUAAACUACUUCAGGAAAAACGUUUACUAUGUUAGGUUAACCAGAAAACCCUGGUAUUCUACCUUGUAGUAUAAGAGAUAUGUUUAAUUUAAUUUAAAAAUAAGCUAAUGAGGAAUUUAAUGUUUGGGUUAGUUAUAUGGAAAUUUAUAAUGAAAAUAUUAAUGAUUUGUUGGCUCCCUAACAAUAAAACCUUAAAAUUAUUGAAGAUUCAAAGUGGGGGACUAUUGUCCAAGGACUUAAAAUGCAAAGAGUUUGGAAUUUUGAAUAGGCUAUUGUCUUGAUGAACUAUGGCGAAGAGCAUAGAAAAUAUCGUGAGACAUCAAUCCAUGAGCACUCUUCUAGGUCUCACACAGUCUUCAAAAUAUAUUUGGAAAGUUUUAGUAAAGACCUCAACUCUGGAUACAAAAAGACAAGGUAUUCAUGCUUGAAUCUAGUUGAUCUAGCUGGAUCAGAGAGAUUAUCUGAAAUAGAUUUUAACCCAAAUACUUUAGGAGAAACUGGUUAUAUUAAUAAAAGUUUAUUUAUUUUAGCGAAUUGCAUAAAUAAGUUAGCAGAAGGUAAAAAACAACAUAUCCCUUAUAGAGACUCUAAACUAACAAGAAUAUUAACUUAGGCUUUGGGUGGUAAUUCAUUUACUUCAAUUAUUUGUUGUGUUUCUCCUGCAGUUUGCAAUUUUAAUUAAACUUUAUCAACACUAAGAUUUGCUACUAGGGCUAAAAUUAUAUAAAAUAAACCAAUAAUAAAUGAAAUUGGAGAUGACAUUAGUGAUAAUUAAUCUGUUAGCUUCAAUGAAUAUAAAAAAUUAGAAGAAAAUUUAGGCUAACAACUAAAAGAAAAUCAAACUCUUUCACAAUAAAACAUUCAAUUAAAAAAUGAAAUUUCUUUGCUACAGAAUAAAAUGGCAGAUAUGUCUUUUGAACUGAAUGAGUUGAUGAAUUCAAUCACUUUAGAAAGAAAAAAAUCUGAAGCUUUAGAAUAAGAUUCAAAGAGAUAAAAAAUAACUUCAGGGAAUGAUUUACUUUAAUAAUCGAAUUAAGAACCAGCAUCAAUAAACCAUUAAGAUAAGCUUUAAAAUAGCUUAUUAAAAAAUAUUAACAACGAGUAGACAUUUUUAGAAAAUGCUAUUAACCUCGUAAUCCCUAUGAUUAAAGAAGCUCUUCAGUUAAAAACUCAAGAUAUAUCUCAUGAAAUGGAAUACUUCUAUGUUGAAAGUAAAAAGAUAGCAUAGCUUUAUCAAAAAGAAUUGUACACAUUAUAAAAUAAAUACUCAGAGGGUAUUAAGCAGAUUGUUAAAUAAAUAUGCUAAGAAGAGAAAUAAUUUUUACCAAUAAAAUCUUUCGUAGAGACUUUGAGCACUCUCAAUAGCAUCAGCUAAUAGAAUUGGGAAAAUAAAGAUUUUUAGAAAAAAGGGUCCUAGGCAGCUAAUGAGGGAUUAGAUAAAUAAGUUUAAAGAAAGCAAAACGCUAGUAAUUAAGAGGAAGAAAAUGAUGAAGUUUUGUAGAGUGGAAGGAUUCUUAUAUAAAAAAUAGAAGAAAAGUAGCUAUUUAGAAAUAUUUAAUAUAGCUUUAUGGAUAUAAUAAAUUAAUUAGAGCUUAAAGAAAGUAUGAAUGAGUAAUAAAUAUAAAUUAUUUUAUUUUCUCUUAAGAAUCAAUACGAUUAGCUUUAGAAGUAAUAUGAUGAUGAAUAUGAAAAAUAUAGAAAUGAGCUAGAGUUCUUUUACAGAAGAAAAAUUAGUGUCAUCAAAAAUUAACAGAUUUCUGGUUAUAAUUCUAUAUCUCUUUUGUAAGAAAUCACUUAAGAUCAUGAAAGCAAAUUAACCAUUUUAAGACAUAUAUACGAAUAAGAAAAGAAUCAUCUGGAAUAAGCUUAUAUUGCUACUAUUAAGCAAAUCGAAGACUGUAUUCAUAGAAAUUCGUAUGGUAGCAUUCCCUAUAACAAUUAAGAAGUGUACAAAUUAAGCAAUGGUAAUCUUAAAGAAGCUGGAUACUUUAGAAAUUAUGAUGAAAGUUAAACAGAAAACUCUCUUUAAUACGAUUCAAGUUAUGCGUCUAGCAUUAAUUAAAGUGGGAUGUCUAAAGCAGGAGACAACUCACUUCAUAGAAAAGAUAUAAACAGUUAAAAGUUUUUGUAAGCUAAUAAGCAGCAAUAGGCACUUUUUAAAACACCGAAAUUCGAUUAAUUUAUUAUAAAUCAAAACAAUUCUACAAGAUCAAAUGAACCAAAUAGGAUACAAAACGAAUUAGAAAGUCAAAUAACCCUCUAAAAGCCAUAAUAUAAUGGCAUCAUUUACAUAUGGGGUAAUGGUAAAGAUGGUAGAUUAGGAAUAGAAGGAGAAAAACCUUUUAAAUUCCCACAAAUUAUACCUAAUAUUUAAGCCUGUUAAGUGAGUCUUGGCUAUCACCAUUCAGCUUGUAUCUCAAAUUAAGGUUAAAUUCUUACAUGGGGUAGAGGAAAUAGAGGGCAAUUAGGACAUUCUAGUUUUGAAAACUGUCUUUUACCAACACCUGUCAAUUUCUUUAGCAAGAUGUCCAUAGUCAGUGUUGGUUGUGGAUGGUAGCAUACUUUAGCACUCAGUAAUGAUGGACGAGUUUUUUCAUGGGGGUUUGGAGAAGAUGGAUAACUUGGUUUGGGUGAUUAUUAAAGUCAAAAUAGUCCUUAAUUUAUAAACUCACUAGAAGGGUAUUUUGUAACUUAAAUUAAUGCAGGUCACAGUCAUUCUUCAGUAAUUACCUCAGAAGGUAUUUUCAUGAUGUUUGGCUGUAAUAUAGACCAUAGAUUAAUGAAUAAAACUAAUUAAAACUAAUUUUUGCCUUGUAUAACUGAGCUUGAAUUUUUAAGAUAGGAAUACGGCUCUGAUUAUAAUGCUGUUAAGGCAUCUUUAGGUGUCAAUCACUCUGCUGUGAUAACAAAAAAUGGAAAUUUAUAUACAAGUGGCCUUGGAAAUGAAGGUCAACUAGGCAGUUUUAUAAGUGAAGAUACUCCUAAUAGUUUGAUGAUUUAAAAAAAUAGCAACGAAAUGAGUGAAUAUUCUAAAUUUGAAGAAGAACAAUAAGAAAAUUAAGAUUAAUUUGAUAGAAUAUGUUACUUUAACAAAGUCAAUUUCUUCAACAAGAAAAAUAAAGCAAUUUAAGUAUCUUGUGGCGAUAGCUUUACAUUAGUAAUAAAUGAGUAAAGCUAAGUAUAUUCUUUUGGUAAGGGUUCGUAUUAUAGGUUAGGUCAUUUAGAUAUACAAACAAAUCAAAAUGUAUAUGAGCCUAAAUUAAUAGAAUCGCUUAAAAAUUUCAAAAUAACUUCUGUUUCAACAGGAUGUAGACACGCUGUAGCAAUAACAAAUGACGGUAAAGUAUAUACUUGGGGAUUCAAUUUCUAUGACCAGCUUGGUCUUGGUGACUCUGAGAAAGAUUAUCAACAGCCUACCAAGGUAACAAAACUUAGCGGAUUAAAUGUAAAAUAAAGUAGCUGUGGAUAUUUCCACACCUCAGUCUUAGUUGUCUGA